AUGAAAGGGGAAAGAAAAUCUGUUUGUAGUUUCUCAGUCGUAAGUAGCAAGCAAAGCCCUGAUAAUGAGCUCGAAAGCUUAAGAUUUUUGUGGGAAUUGGAAUCACUCGGGAUUAUGCAAUCUAGGGAAAAUGUUUCAGAAGUAGAAAAGGAAAUAAUUGAUAAAUUUGAAUCUAACUUAAAGUUUGUAUAUAACAGAUACGAAACUUCUUUAUUAUGGAAGGAAGAUAAGUCUAAAGUUGCGAAUAAUUUCAGAAUUGCAAGAAAUCGCUUUGACGAUUUAAGUAGAAAACUUGAAAAGGACAUUAAUUUAUUUGAUAGUUAUAGAGCUAUUGUUUUGGAACAGGAACGUAAUAGGGUUAUAGAACCAUGUUCUGAUUCAAAAAUCGAAAAUAGUUAUUUCAUGCCUCAUAGACCAGUAGUAAGAGAGGAUAAGGUAACCUCUAAAGUUAGAAUGGUGUUUGAUGCUUCUUCAAAGGAGAAACAUUUAAAUUCUUUGAAUGAUUGUUUAUUCCCCGGACCUAAUCUUAAUCCAAACGUUCUUGAUAUAAUACUUAGUUUUAAGAAACAUAAUAUUGCAUUUUGCGCCGAUUUAGAAAAGGCUUUUUUGCAAAUUGGAAUUGCGGAAGAGGACAGGAAUUACCUGAAAUUUAUAUGGUUUAGUAACGAAAGGGAUGAUUUGAUAUCUGGUGCGAAAUCUGAUAAAGAAGUGUAUUACAUAUCAUCGACAGCUUCAGAUAUUUUUAAAGAAGCUGGAAUGAAUUUGCGGAAAUUUAAUACUAAUUCCGUAAAACUUCGAAAAAUGUGGGAAGAAAAGGGAAUGUGUGAAACAGCUGAACUUCGUAAUGAUACCUUAAAGAUCUUGGGUUUACUAUGGAAUACCAAUUCUGAUAGCUUGCAUUUUGACGUUCCAGACUUUCGCGAGGAUUGUAAAAUCAAUCCAUCAAAACGCGUUGUUUUGAAAACUGUUCUAAAGAUAUUUGAUCCUCUUGGAAUUCUUUUACCAUUUACUGUUAGGAUGAAAAGUUUGAUGCAAGAAACUUGGCAGCGAGGUAUAGGAUGGAACGAAAACUUACCUAAUGAUCUAAAAUACGAGUGGGAAAGUUGGUGUUCAGAAAUUGAUCAUUUACCAAAGUUUGAGAUACCUCGUAAAUAUUUUCCGGGGGGUUUAGAAAAUUUUGAUACCAUAGAACUUCACAUUUUUUCUGAUGCAAGUCCUAAGGCUUAUGGUGCUGUUGCAUAUUUUCGAUGUGCCAAAAUUGAUAAUGAAAUUCGGACCAGUCUUGUUUGGGCAAAAUGUAGGGUUUCCCCUAUAAAACGUUUGACAAUCCCUCGCCUCGAACUUAUGGGUGCGAUAAUAGCUGCUAGGAUGUGCAAAUAUUUAAAAACUGUUUUUAGUUCUCAUGUUUUAGAUGUCCAUAUUUGGUCAGAUUCCAUUGUCGCGCUACAUUGGAUAAAGGGUUCACCGAUAAACUGGAAGCCAUUUGUGGCAAAUAGGGUAGAAGAAAUACAGUCUUUGACUAACCCCAGAAUUUGGAAUUUUACUCCAGGGAAAGCCAAUCCUGGAGAUUUGUUAACCAGAGGGGAAAGUUUAACUAGUCUUGUAGAAAAUACAUUAUGGUUUGAAGGUCCAGAUUGGUUAUCAAUGCCUAAAGAAAGGUGGCCGAAGCAUGACAUUCUUCCCAGCAUCAAUGAUUAUUUGAUUGAAAAGAGGUCCAAAUUAAAUUCUAUUCAGCUUUCCUGCAAUGUUAAAUUACUUACAGAACCAUUGCUGGAUUUAGGAAAAUUUAGUAAACUUAAUCGUGUAUCACCGCUUGGAUUUUCAGAUUCCUUAAUAACAUUAAUAAGAAAAAGACUAAGCUGUCAGGCCCAUGAAAAAGUUUAUCAUUAUGGAGUAGCCACAACCUUGGCGCAUCUUCGAGAAACAUAUUACAUCAUCAAAGGAAGGAAAUAUGUUAAAUCUGUGCUGAAAUCUUGCAUUAUUUGCAAAAGAUUUAAAGUUAGACCUGGCAAGGAAGAAAUUGCUCCUUUACCGAAGGAUAGGAUAAUUGAAUCACCCCCAUUUGAGACCUGUGCUGUUGAUUUCGCCGGCCCUAUUUUUAUCAAAACUAAAUCGAGCCCGGAAAAAGCUUACAUUGUGCUCUUCACCUGUGGAGUAACUAGAGCUGUUCAUCUGGAAGUAGCAUCUGACCUCAGCACUGAAACCUUCAUCUUAGCUUUCAAAAGAUUUGUUUCACGUAGAGGACUCUGUAAAAUUGUAUACAGUGAUAAUGCCAAGACCUUUAUCAAAACUGAUAGUUUACUGAAGGAGAUUUGGAGUAAGAUUUCCAAAGCUGAGGUUCAACAGUAUUUUACUAAAAACCGAAUUGUGUGGAAAUUUAUUGUACCUAGAGCUAGCUGGUGGGGUGGUUUUUGGGAGCGUAUGGUACGUUCUGUCAAAACGCCCUUGAAGAAAGUUUUAGGACGAUCUUGCUUGAGCUAUGAAGAGAUUCAAACCACUCUCACUGAGAUCGAAGCUGUUUAUAAAUGGAAGACCUUUAACUUACGUGGCAAGCGCCCAAAUUUCUUUCCUGAUAUUCCUUCUGUGGCAGAACCAAAAUCCAACAAAAAGACCCUCACGAAAUUAUUGAGAUACAGAGAUCAAAUUUUAAACCAUUUUUGGAAGCGUUGGAGAACGGAGUACUUACUGGAACUUCGAUCUGCAAAUCGCAUCGUUCCAAUAGAUACUCCUACAAAAUUCAAAAUUGGAGACGUGGUUAUAGUUCAUGAAGACAAGGUUCCAAAACACAUGUGGAAAAUAGGAGUUGUUAAAGACCUUUUUUUCGGCAGAGACUCUAAAGUUAGAUCUUGUGCUGUUCGAACGCCUUCAGGCGUUGUGAGGAGACCUAUUCAAUUACUGUAUAAUUUAGAACUUGAUAUUGAGUCAGUGACUCAGUAA